UGGGUAUUUAAAAAUAUCACUCUAGUCUGAAAUGGCGGCACGUGUGGACAAAGCUGUCCGCCGAAAGAUAAAUUCGAAAUGUAAAUGUUCUAAUGGGAAGUCUGAAAAUAUUUUGAAACAGUCCGUAGGCCUACGGCCAAUUCUAAUAUUUGUGGCGGCUUCUUUAAUAACAGCCCUAUUAUUAGAAACUUUUCCCCACACCAAGCAGUUCUUAGUAAAAUGGAAUGUUGAGGAGUAUUUGGAAUACCAGCAUCAGCCCACGCCCACAUAUGCCCUCCUUUUAAACGGUUCCAAGGAAGCUCACCUGGAGCAUGUGAUAAGUGUACUCCAUAAACUGGGAUACAAACGAGUGGGAGUAAAUGACAGUUGGAAUCUGCUAUGGUCCCACCAGUAUCCCUUUUUCAAACUGUCUCUCACAGAGCUGGGAAAACAUCAGGUGGUAAAUCACUUUCCUGGCUGCGGAUUCCUGACGAGCAAGGUGGACUUGAGCACCUCCCGAUUUCCGUUUCAGCCGCAGGCUUUCAGGCUGCCAGAGGAAAGUGAUGCGUUUUUGAAGUACGCCCAAGAGCACCCAGACACACUUUUUGUUCAGAAGAAUAACAGACAUCGUCAUAUAAAAUUAAAGGAACCCAGUGAGAUUGAUCUAACAUCGAAUGACUCCUUUGUGCAGGAGUUCAUCCACAGACCAUUUCUGGUGGAUGGCCACAAGUUUGAUAUAGGAGUUUAUGUGGUCAUCACCUCCGUUAACCCAUUGCGCGUUUAUAUCUACACUGGCGACGUUAUGUUUCGAUACUGCCCUGUGAAAUACUAUCCCUUUGAUGCUGAAGAUAUUGGCAAAUACGUGGUCGCCGAAAACUUUUUACCUCCUUGGAAAAUCCCAGCACUUGAGAAGUAUUACUCACGCUUUGGAGGCAACAGGCGAACUUCAUUUGAGGCUUAUGUCCGGGAUCAGGGCAAGGAUUCUGCCCAGAUUUGGACUCAAGUCGAGGACAUCAUCCGUGCUACUGUGAUGGCAAAGGAGAAAGACAUAAUGAGGGUUCUGCAGUCUUUUAGGACACAUAACUUUUUCGAUCUAAUGCGAUUUGAUCUGUUCAUUGACGAGCAUUUAAGGGUCUUUCUAAUGGAGGUCAACAUGUCGCCUAAUCUUUCAUCAGCUUUUGUCCCGGAAAAUUCACUUUUGUUUGAGCAAGUGCUGUACAGUGCGUUAAAUCUGGUCGGAAUUCGUUCAAUAAGUGCCACAGCUGGCAUUCGGUACGGUGAGGAAAGUGAAAUGCUCACAAUUGACAAAAAUUUGUCCACGGAUUUGAACCAAUGCGCUGCGCACAACUGUGACGAGUCCUGCGACAAGGAAGAAUGCAAUCUCUGCCUUCAAUGUCUAAACGAAUUGGAAUACGAAAUACUUCAGAAAGCCUAUCAGGAGCAUUUCAAUCGUGUUUCAAUGAAACGCAUUUUACCAAAACCCAUCCACGAGUUACAGAACUUUAACAUGACGGAAAAAACUUUAAACAAGACCCAAAGAAACGUUUGGAUGGCCCGAUGGUUCUAUAAGAAAUGUCAAUAUGAUGCUACUUGGUGUACUUAGGAAGAUAAGGUUUUUAUACCCUUGCAGAGGGUAUUAUAAUUCAACGCAGUGAAGGAGACAUUUCCGACUCCAUAAAGUAUAUA